AUGGAGCAGCACCAGAAGGUGGAGAGGUUGCGGGUGAGAUUGGUGCCCGCUGGAACGGCGGAUGAGCGUGCCAGGAACAUCAUCGCGAAUGUGGUGCUCGAGGAGGGAGUGGUGCCCUUCAUCGAUGAGCAGGCGGCGGAGAAGGUGACCCUGCUCCCCCAGGAGUCCACUGCUCCACUUUCCAGUGCCGCCCAGCAACCUCGCAUCCGAUACUACGCCGUAGGACCCUCAACCUAUAAGAUACUAUGUCCUCUUUGCCGGGAGAGAAGCCAAGCGGCUGUGAUGAGAGCAGCCAGUUGCAAGGACGCCAGCUUCUGUCUCAGUUUGCUUUCCUGCAUCUUCCCACUCUUUUGGAUCUGCUGCGUGUGCACCUGGUGCGGAUGCAACCGGGAAUGGACCACCAAGGGGAUCUAUUGCAGCUCAUGUGGCGGCAAGGUUGGAAUUCAGCGCAAGGCCAAGUAGGCUGAUCAACGAACCAAUUAAAAUACAAAUUAAUGCCAAAUAUUUUAUCGCUCUAUAAUUCUAUUACGCAUCUAACUCAAUUAAAGACGCACUGUAAAUCAA